GACGUCACAGUUAAACGACGCGUUAUGUCACGUGACGCCGUCAAAGUAAAUUCCCUUACACGUUCCUGACGCGCACGUUCAACUUUGAGUUACAAACAUUUGGGGGAAAAAAAGAACUGAGACGAUCUGAACCAUGUAAUGAAAAACUUGUUUGACGAGUACGAGUCCCGUCGCGUGAUGGACGGAAGUGCAGUCAACUGGUUACCAUGGCGACGCCCAGGCAGGCUGCCAUCUUCCUCGUCGUCAUCCUCGCCGGCAUCGCGGCGCGGCAAUUUGCGAGGUGACUUUCGAGCGGCGGCGCGGAGCCUGGUGGCCUUCGGGGCGGGGCUGGUGCUGGCCUCCUGCUACGGUGCCACCGCGCUCUUUCUGCAGGGGGCGCCACUGUGGCCGUGUAUAUACGGAACGCUGGCGGUGGCCACUAUCGCUGGCUUCGGGAUGGGGAUGUCCGUGCGCGUGCGCACCGCCAUCAGCCUUAUGCUGCCGUCGCUCUGCUCGGCUCACGGACGUAACUUCCUGUUGCUGGCAAGCACGGCGGUGCUGGUGUCGGGCCCGGUGGCAAAUACAUUGGAGAAUUCGGAGCUAGCCGCCGCCAGCCUGCUCUGUGGCGCCGAGUUUGCCGCCAAUCAGACACGACAGCUGAUGAAGAACGCGGCCACGCCUCUCCUGGCCGCGCUGGACCACAUCCGCCAGAUUGGAAGGAACGCCGCUGCCAUGGCGGCCAGAGUCAACAAGCUGAUUGGCUCGCUGAGUGAUGGCAUCCGCCAUGUUGCCCGCACCAUGAUGAACGUUUUUCAUUUCCUGUCGGACCUUGGCAACGUGUGCAACGCCAAACUGGGCGCGCCGUACAGGAAGUGUCGCGCCAUCUUUAUCCGGGCCAAAGGCGACUGCGUUGCUAAGCUAGGCGACUUCAACUUCCUGUGUGGCAUCGUCGAUGGCUUCAUGCACCUUUGUGAGCUGGCGAAAGCCCCCAAGCUGUUCUGCAUCAUUCCGGAAUAUAUCUCCAGCCAGCUCAAGAAGCACUUGGCCGAGCCCGUCAUCUCCGCCUUCCGCCGAAUGCGGAGCCAUUUCGAUUUCAACCUGUCGGUGUCGGCCGACGUGGAGGUGGACGCCAACGUGAGCCGCUCGCUACACCAGACGGCUCAGGAGAUCUUGGAGCAGCUGACUUCGGACCUCAAGGUCUUCACCACACUUAGAGGACCGCUCGUGUGGGCGGGGCUUUUGUUCCUAACCUGCUCCCUAAUCAGGGCGGUGCGGUACCAGCGCAAAUACUUGACGCGCUUGAAUUUCGAAAACGUUUACAUCACCGCUCAGUUUGUAAAACUGGAUCGUCGGUUGACCUCAGAAGGCGGGGCUUCCAUCCUGCCAAUCACGCGUAAGGAGUCACAGAUCUACAUUAGGCCACUGUCUCUGUGGCUGACACGCAGAGAGUGUCGUUCGGUGCUAGUGGGCGUGGCCUGGGUGACGAGACACAUGCUGAUGUCGGCGGUUCUUGUAGCUCUGGACUUCCUGGUCUUCUGGCUUUUGGAUCAGGUGCACCGGCAGGUCCAGGGGGGCGUCGUGGCCCGAGCUCCGGUAACGGUGGCAGUUCAGGUGGAAGGCUCGGGCUACAUGGCCGACAUCAUGCGUGACCUGGCGGUGUCCUUCAACGUGCUGCAGGCCGGAAACGUCACCGUCAUCAGCCCCAAGUGUCUGUUUGUACCAUCGGAACCCGACUACGCUUCCUGCUUCGCCAUAGGCUUCCUUUUGGGCGUGGCCCUGCUGGUGACGCUCGCCGGAGGAAUCGUCCGCCGGUCAAGACGCCUCAUCUGCGCAUACUUCCACCCCGACACCGAGAUGGCACGUCUCCACUUCCUUCGCCAGCAAAUCCUGGACGAGAGGCGGGCGGCGGGAAGAGCCCUGCUGAGGGCGGCGGCCAGGAUGUCGCCGAAAGGGGCAAAGCCUCGCGGCCGUCUCUGGGCCCUGUUGCGAAGGCUUCCAGGGGGAGGAGCCUACCUGUCAGAAAUGUGCGUGUCCUGCGGUGGGAGGGCGGGGCUUGUGCCGUUCGUCUGCGACGUCGAUCGGUGUCCAGGAGUGUUUUGUAAGCCGUGUUUCAAGAGAGGUGGGAAGAUGUGUCACGUGUGCGCGCGACCGGCGACCUUCCGAGAAGACAGCCAGGAGGAGCCUGACUCGAGCGAGGACGAGCGCGAGGACGCCGCCCGCCAGGACGCCCCCGGGGCCGAUGUGAGCGCCGGUCGCCCCGAGCCGCCAUCGCUGGAGCCGUCGGCGUCCCAAAGCUUUUUCUCUUCCGCCUUCGGCUUUCUUCAAGACUUCGGUGGCAGUGGCCCCACGCCGCGCUGAUGACCUCUGACCUUGCAUUAAGCGCGCAUGUACGUGUGUGACACAAUCACAAUCUAUUGCCAAGAAACCAUUCCCCUUUCACAUGAAACUUACAAAUACUCCUUCAACAUGCUGAAAAAUGCUUCGAAAUUAAUAGUAGGUAAAAAAAAACAAGCAGUCACACGAAGGUUGUGUGAAGCUUUAUUGAUGGACAUCACUGACACACACACCCCGGCCCGCCCCCCCCCCACAAAUAAAACAUAAAAUAAAAUUUUAUGGCUACAAUUAACGUGUUAGCAGGCGAAUUGCUUCCUGUUAGCAGUUAGCAAGCUACAUUUGAUGUUAUGCAACACACUCCAGUCGCAAUUGGGAGGUCUUAAAAGCUGGCCGGGCCUCAAAAGACCCAAUUGAGAAUCUUAAAUAUUACACAUGUUCCAAUAUUUAGGACCCCCCC